GGCUGUCCAACGCCAGGCAAGCGAAGAAGUUCUUGCCCUCUCUACACUUCCAGUAUGACGGACGCGUCAUCCUCCGAGCGCCGCGAGCAGCUCCGAAGUCUCAACGAUUCUUUAGUCAGCGGUUCGCUGUCCCGCCAGGAAUAUGACGAACUACUGCCGUUCCUGGCUUCCCCAACCUCGAUGCAACCGCAAGACGCCGCGUUCGAAGUGGCCCUAGCCCAAGCGCAACGGCCCGCCUCAUCAACCGAUCAUCUUUCCAGUCCCCAGCGCACCGUUCGCUUCGCUGACAAUGUGAACACGCCAGCCCCAGAGCCGAUCGAAGCCCCACCACAGUAUCAGAUGCUCACUCCCGUCGCGUCAGCCUCUACAGGACUACAGCUACGCUGUCCAGCAUGCGGCACCAGCAAUGACACGUCGCGCGGUCCUCGCUGCUACGUGUGCAGCUCGCGCCUCACCGUCGCCGACGAACUAUCGGCUGCAGCGGCUGUGAGAGCGAGCUCGAGCUCGAGACAGCGCUGGCCAAUUGUGACGGCCAUGACGCCGCCUAGUGGUGCGUUCAGCGCGGUGGAAGACGGACGCGUAGUGAUCCACAACGGUUUCUUCUCGUGCUCCAUGCAGGACACUCAGAUCAUCGCGACAGCGGAAGGAAAUGCCUGUCAGGUGUUCGUAAUGUGCUGUACAUGGCAGCCUCGCCCUACCGAAGGUACAAGCAGCCAACACUACGAAGCGACAUGGUAUGUGUCGCAACGCUUCAGCCAUUUCGAGAAGUUGCACAAGGCUCUCAAGAGGAGGCUGGCACGCUCCACGUCGGCGUCGCUGCCGCCAUUCCCUGCCAAAUAUCACCUGACUGACCGGCUGGAGAAGAGGAAACAGGGACUUGGGACGUACUUGCCGCGGUUGCUCGAGAUGUGCGCACAUCUAUCCAUCGCACAGCCAGUGCCAGAGCUGGACGAGUUUUUGGAUAUCUCACACCAGGUGCAGAUCUUCCGAUCACAACGUUCUAGCACUGCUGCUUCUGGUGUGAGUGCGAAUCCUCCUGUUGGCGCGUCUCAAUCUACAGCCGCGACAUCAGCGACGUCGUCCUUCCCAGCCUAUUCAGGCGCAGCGAUGACAGCGUCUCAAUGGAUGUCCCCGCCUAUGGAUGCGACGGAACUUGCUCAAGCUGAAGGUGCUGUGAGGCUCCUUGCUAACGCAGUGCGCAAUGCACGAGGAGAUGUUCGUGGAGACGGCACUGUCCAGCAUCAUUUGGACAUGUGCGUGCAGUUGACACCCGGACUAAAACGCUCUGCCGAUGUGGAUAACCCGUUCGCCGACACAGAGCUCAUCCCGCGUGCCAUGCAGUGCCAAGAAGAUCUUCAACAAGCAGUCGCGAUGUACAAUGAUGCCCUACUUGCUGCGUCAGGGAUAGCACCGACCCAACAGCAAGGACAGGGAGCUCAGCAGUCUGAACCACACGUCCAAGCUCAGCAAAUGCCAGUGCGCAACGUCGUGCCUGCAAGUGCCGCGUAA